CAAUAAUCUGAAUUCACACUCUGGCUCUCUGAAGAACAUUUAGAUGUUGCACAAUCCCUAAGUAAUGCUGUAGCUGUGUGUAGAGGGACAGAAAUAAAAUUGCAAGAGCCUUUUUGAAAAGUUACUGCUGUUUAGUGUUUGGUGGGCUCUCACUGAGGAAAAAUGAAGAAUCGUCAGCAAGAGUUACCAGAGGAUUUCUACAUCCCCAUCCCGCUGGACACCAAUAACAUCACAUCCCUCAGUCCCUUCCUGGUCCCACAGGACCACCUGGGAGGGAGAGGAGUUUUUAUGUGCAUGGCGGUCUUCACGUUCUUCCUGUUUGUCUGUGGAACCUCCAUCAAUGUCCUCACCAUCGUCUGCACCAUCCAGUACAAGAAGCUUCGAUCACAUCUCAACUAUAUUCUUGUAAACCUGGCUGUAUCCAACCUGCUGGUGUCCACUGUUGGCACUUUCACUGCCUCUGUCUCCUUCUUCAACCGCUACUUCAUAUUCGGACCCACAGCAUGUAAAAUCGAGGGAUUUGUUGCAACCUUAGGAGGUAUUGUCAGCUUGUGGUCUCUCUCUGUGGUGGCCUUCGAGAGGUGGCUGGUCAUUUGUAAGCCUGUGGGGAACUUUUCCUUUAAGGGAACUCAUGCCAUCAUUGGUUGUGCAGUCACCUGGUUUUUCUCUCUGCUCGCCUCAGCACCACCACUGUUUGGAUGGAGCAGGUACAUUCCUGAGGGUCUGCAGUGCUCCUGUGGUCCAGACUGGUACACAACUGACAACAAAUACAACAAUGAGUCAUAUGUCAUGUUCCUCUUCUGUUUCUGCUUUGGCUUCCCUCUCACUGUCAUCAUCUUCUGCUACUCCCAGCUGCUCUUUACACUUAAAUCAGCAGCCAAAGCACAAGCUGACUCAGCCUCCACACAGAAAGCUGAGAAAGAGGUGACGAAAAUGGUGGUGGUGAUGGUUUUGGGUUUUCUGGUUUGCUGGUUUCCAUACACCAGCUUUUCCCUGUGGGUGAUUUUCAACCGUGGCCAGACAUUUGACAUGCGGAUGGGCAGCAUACCAGCCUGCUUUGCAAAAUCUUCUACAGUCUACAACCCUAUCAUCUACGUCUUCAUGAACAAACAGUUCCGGUCCUGCAUGAUGAAGCUGAUUUUCUGUGGUAAGAAUCCGUUUGGAGAUGAUGAAGAUGCCUCCACUUCAUCUCAGGUGACCCAGGUGUCUUCAGUAGGACCGGAGAAAUAAACAGAGGAUCCCACUGAAUUAUUACAUUUUUUGGUUGUUCAGAAGACGUCUGCAGAGAGAGUGUGUUUCUGUGGCUGUAAAUGAAGAAUGUCAUUUCUAGUAAUCAGAUACACACACACACACACACACACACACACACACACACACACACACACACACACAUUCACAUAUACAGCCAUUGUAUUAUCUUGUGUUGCUUAUUUACAAAGAAAAUUCCAAAAUUUCUGCAUUUCUCUUCUGACCUACCCAAAGAUAAAGGUAAUACUGUAGUUCAGUGACAGAAGUCAUGGAGCUCUAUUGUCCUGUGAAAUGUCUUCAGUUCAUAUGAUGACUUUGGUGAAGAUUUUUUUUUGCAAUGUAAAUAAUGAAUACAUAUCAAGUAGGAUUUCAUUUUUACUUGUAAUGACAUUGUUUCAAAAUAUAGUACAAGUGCAUGGUUUUAUGAAAAAAAAAAAAAAACAUUUACAAUAAAGGCAAAGUAUGAAAGAAAA